AUGCCGGCCAAGACGCCCCUCGGUUACCCCUCUGACCUCGAGGGUAUUGACUCAAGAGACAACUGCACCGAGUCUGGAUAUGUUAGCGGUGGCUCAUCCGAAGAAUAUAUCCCCGAGAUUGUCUUCACCAAGCCCCAUCUUCAAUUCCUUAACCGCCAGCUUCAAUUCCUCGAACCUCAAGAUAUUUUGAAAUGGUGCAUCACAUCACUCCCCCACCUCUUCCAGACCACUGCCUUUGGUCUGACAGGUCUGGUCACCCUUGAUAUGCUGUCGAAGCUGGAGGUACCCCGCCCCCAGAUGGUCGACCUGAUCUUCCUCGACACCCUGUAUCACUUCAAGGAGACUCAUGAGCUCGUGGACCGUAUCCGCAAGCGUUACCCCAACAACAACGUUCAUGUCUACAAGCCUGCUGGGGCCGAGACUACUGCCGAAUUCGAAACUAAGUAUGGCUCUCGUCUUUGGGAAGCCGAUGACCAACUUUAUGACUGGGUUGCCAAGGUCGAGCCCGCUCAACGUGCUUACCGUGAGAUGAAUGUCCACGCCGUCCUGACUGGCCGCCGUCGCAGCCAAGGUGGCAAGCGUGGUGACCUUGAUGUCAUCGAAGUUGACGAGGCCGGCCUCAUCAAGAUCAACCCCAUGGCCAACUGGUCCUUCGACCAAGUCAAGCAGUACGUGAAGGAGAACGAUGUUCCCUACAAUGCCUUGCUUGACCGCGGCUACAAGAGCAUUGGAGACUGGCACUCUACUCAACCCGUUGCCGACAACGAGGACGAGCGCUCCGGUCGCUGGAAGGGCCAGCAGAAGACCGAGUGCGGUAUCCACAACCCCCGUUCCAAGUACGCACAGUAUCUGAUGGAGAUGGAACUCAAGCGUCAAGAGGAGGCUCUCACCCAGGCUCUGCAGAACCAACUUACUGCUGCCCAGUGA